GGGGAAGUCCCAGGCUGGAAGGGAGAAGCACCCAAAGAUGGCUUGGGAAAUGCUGAAACUUCCCCAGAUUUCAGUCUGCAAUGCUCCUGUGGGACAAUCCACUCCAGUCCCCACUGAUGGCGUUGUGCCUUGCAGCCCUCUCCGCCCCACGCUGAUCUCACUUCUCCUUAACCCACCCUUCCUACAGCCCACUGGCUGCUCCCCCAGCCGGGCUGAUUGCAUCCCCUAGAGCUUCCCGUCCCUCGCAUCCGGCCAUUGUACCCUACCAGGAAGGACUGCAUCCAGGGAGGAUGCGGGCGGCCAUGGCGGGCGGCUGGGCCAUGGCGCUGGGGCUGGGACUCUGGGCCACUGCGCUGCACCUGGGGGGCUGCCACCCCCCCGGAGGGGACGUGGAGUCACACAGCACCCAGCGCCCAGCUGAACUGCGGGACAAUUUCCGGCUGCAGCCUGGGGACCUGGUGGUGGUGGCAGGGCAGGCGCUGGAGCUGGACUGUGUGCCCCCCGCUGGGCAGCCCGAGCCCAAAGUCACCUGGAGGAAGGACGGCGUCACCCUGCGCCUGGCCGGGGGCCGACACCAGCUCAGCCGGGGGAAGCUGCGGGUGGCCUUGGCACGCAGGAGUGACGCGGGGGUCUAUGUCUGUGUGGCAGCAAAUGCAGCGGGAGAGCGGCACAGCCGGGGUGCCCACGUCACCAUCCUGGAGAAGCCCGUCAUCGUGCGGCGGCCGAGCGAUGUCACGGCAGUGGCCGGCAGCACGGUGGAGCUGAGCUGUGGGGCACAGGGUGACCCAGCACCGCGGGUUCAGUGGCACAAGGAGAGCGGGGAGCUGCCCUGGGGGAGGCACGAGGUGGACCAGGAGCACACGCUGCGGCUCCACGCAGUGACGGCAGCCGAUGGCGGUGCCUACGUCUGCACAGCCCAGAGCCAGCUGGGCAGCGCUGCCGCCACCGCCCGCCUCCGAGUGGAAGGGCAGCUGCCAGCAAGCUGGUGGGAGGCCACAUGGAGAAACCUGCUGGCUGUGAAGCUGCAGCUGGACAAUGGCACUGCACUGCCCACCAAUGCCACAGUCUGGCUCCGCUGGCGGAUGGUGACACCAGGGCCAGCUCCAGAGGGCUAUGUGGUGCUGUAUCGCUGCCUACUCCCCACCAGCACUGCCUGGUCUCAGCAAGAUGUGGGCAGGAAGUUCAACACCAUCAUCCCUGCACUCCAGAGGGGCUACCAGUAUGAGUUCAAGGUCCGCCCCUACGCUGGUGGGACCCAGGGCUUGGACAGCAACAGCUGGCACCUCUGGAUCCCUGAGGAAGCAGUGCCAAGUGCAGCACCUCAGCACGUCACCGUGGGCCAGGCUGCACCGGGGAACGGUACCAUCAUCGUGAGCUGGGAGCCACCUCCCCCUGAUGCCCACAAUGGCAUCAUUCGGGGCUACCAGGUCUGGUCCCUGGGCGAGGGCUGGCUACACCCCACCAACCAUACAGUGGAUGGAGGAACUCGUCGCUUGGAGACACUCCUGCACGGCUCUGGGGCCAGAUACUGCAUCCAAGUAGCUGCGUUCAAUGGUGCAGGGCUGGGGAUCCCCAGCAAUGCUACCUGUGGCAUCCUGGAGAUGAUGGCGGCGAGCACCGGAGUGGUGCAGGUGCUGCAGCAGCCUGCAGUCAUUGCAGCCACUGGCUCACUGCUGUGGCUGGCCCUGCUCGCCCUCCUCCUCCUCAUCUGCCAGCGUCGCACCAGCCAGGACUCCAUGGCACAACAUGGGCAGGAGAAUGGUGAUGUGCCAUGGCUCAGCAGCCCCUGGAAACCUGUCUGUGUUCCUCAGAACCUCAGUGGCAGCAGCAGCCUCAGCAGCCGGCUCCUGGGAAGCGACAGCAGGGACCCCCAGCCUUCUCCCCUGACCUCGGAGCUGCCGAGCCUCAGCCCUGUGACGACCCCCAGCUGCAUCCACCCCUGCAGGGAACACCCCAAAACCAGCAGCUCCAGCCUGGCACUGUGGGAGCGCAUCCACAAGCGAGAGCUGGACCGUACACACAGCUCCCCAGUGCCAGUGGCUGGGCUCAGGGCCAUGCCCGUGACCUUGUGUGGCACAGAGUGGGGCGCACAUGUCGACUCAGCGCACAGAUGGCCUCAGCAGAAAGGAGACGAUGGUGACACUACUCAGGCAGGAGAGGAGCCGUGGUGGCCACCCUCCGUCAGCUCCCCAAAACCACGGCGCAGUUCGCUGGCAUCAGUUGGUGCUGGGAUGCUGGUGGUACCUGAAGGACAUCCCCACGCCUGGCACCCCACGAGGACCCGGUUCCCAGCCAUGGGGUGCUCCAGGGACACAUCUCCAGUCACUGGGAACACCAGUGACAUGUCCAUGGUCACCAGGAACCACAGGGACAUGUCUUCAGUCACCAGGAGCCCCAUAGAUAUGUCCCCUGCCACUGAGAACCGCAGGAACAGGUUAUUGACCAUAAGUCCCAGCAGAGAUGUGUCCCCAGUCACUGGGUGCCCCAGAGGCAGAUCUCCAGCCAUUGGGCACCCCAAGGAAAAGUCCCCGGCCACCAGGAGCCCCCGGGACUUGUCCCCAGCCUCCAGUCAAUCCCUGGCCUCCACAGUCCAGGAGAACAUGUCCUCGGUCACUCUGCACCCCAGGGACACAUUCCCAGCUACCAGGAGUCCCAGAGAUGUGUUCCCAGCAGUCAGGCACCCUGAUGAGAUCUCCAUGGUCCCCCAGAGCCCCAGGGACACGUCUGUGCUCCCCAGACAGCCCAGGGACGUGCUGAUGGUCCCCAAGGAUGUGUCUGCAGAGCAUGGCCGCCUCUCACCAGCGCUCAGUGAUGGGGUCCUCACCCCGCAGCGGGUGGCUGAGGACCUGGAGAGGGUGCAGGAUGCCCUCUGCCCCACCAACACCCCCAGGCCAGAGGUGUCCCCAGCACGACCCCACAGUGUCCCUGUGCCCCGGCCCCUGUCCCCUCCCCACACCUAUGGGUACAUCUGUGGGCCUCCUACCUCAGAGAUGGGGGAGGGGGAGGAGGAGGAGGAGGAAGAGGAAGAAGAGAGUCCCAAGGUGUGGAGUCAUGGGGACUCACCGGGGGGGUCUCUGCUGAAUGGAUGGGGGUCUGUCUCAGAGGACAAUGUCCCCAGCACCCGCUGCAGCCUGGCCAGCUCCUCUGAUGGCUCCUUCCUGCUCGAUGCCAGCUUUGCCCGUGCGCUGGCUGUGGCUGUUGACAGCCUCUGCUUCAGCCUCGAGGACAUCGAUGGGGGUGGUGAGGGAGCUGCUGCCCCUCUGCACUGCCUGGCAUCAUCCCCUCUGUGUGGGGAGGUGACCCUGGGGACAGGGAUGGGGAUGGGCAGCCCCUGGGCCAGGGUGGGCAGCCAGUGGGGUGGGCUUCCUUCCAGGGACAGGAGGGACAGGAGUGUGGCAACCCCUGGGUUAUAGCAGUGUUGAGGUCAGAGCCCCUCCAGCUUGGCUACAAUCCAUCUUUAUUCAUCAUUUCCCCCAGAGGGGGCUCUCCACUAGCAAAUGCUACAUGCGCAGCUGGGGAGCCUCCUGCUCACGUCCCCCUCCAGCUGGCCUUGUGUCCUUAUCACUCCAUCUCCAGUGACUGUCCCAAACAUCCUUGUCCCUCCCUUCUUCAUCCCUCCUCCAUCCCAUCCCGGUCCCCACCCAGCGCAUCCUCAGCCUCUCAGUCUUACCCCCACUCUCUGGCCCUGUGCGCACCUAUUUACAGACAAAAAUGAACGAGCCCCCCACGCAAACCCA